CUUGUAAAUGACGGAGUAAGAUGGACUGAUUAAAGCUUCUCUUAGAAUAUGGUAGGAACUAAAGCUGUGAGCAGGGAACUAAAGAAAAUUAGCACCACGACUGACUGAUGAUUCUGUAGCUAAAAGUCUUGGCUGAGUGUCGAACAGUGAGUGGCAUGUUGUUGUGUCUCGGUGGUGUGAACACAGGGUGACAACGUAACACACAGUGGUGAUUAUAAAACCUAAAGAUCAGAUGAUCAGGGGGCGUUUUAAUAGUUACCAUGUUGUGUGUUCCCUAAAAGGAGAGUCAGAAAACUGGACACACCCCAUACUUUGUUCUUAUGAGUUUCUGAUGCAGACAUCUGGGGAAAAGCGUGAGCGUGUGUGUGUGUAUAAAAGAGAGUGUUGUGUGUGUGUAAAAGAGAGUGUUGUGUGUGUGUGUGUGUGUGUAAAAGAGAGUGUUGUGUGUGUGUGUGUGUGUAAAAGAGAGACAGUGAGUGAGAGAGAGUUAAGAAAAGAAGGAAAGGGAGUGUACAAAGUGUGUGCGCGCGUGUGCGUAUGUGUAAAAGAGAGACAGUGAGUGAGAGUGUUAAGAAAAGGAGAAGGGAGUGUACAAAGUGUGUGUGUGUGUAAAAGAGAGUGUUGUGUGUGUGUGUGUGUGUGUAAAAGAGAGACAGUAAGUGAGAGAGUGUUAAGAAAAGGAGAAGGAAAGGGAGUGUACAAAGUGUGUGUGUGUGUGUGUAAAAGAGAGACAGUGAGUGAGAGUGUUAAGAAAAGGAGAAGGGAGUGUACAAAGUGUGUGUGUGUGUGUGUGUAAAAGAGAGUGUUGUGUGUGUGUGUGUGUGUGUGUGUGUGUGUGUGUGUGUAAAAGAGAGACAGUAAGUGAGAGUGUUAAGAAAAGGAGAAGGAAAGGGAGUGUACAAAGUGUGUGUGUGUGUGUGUGUGUGUGUGUGUGUGUGUGUGUGUGUGUGUGUGUGUGUGUGUGUGUGUGUGUUUCUCGGUUUAACCGGAGCAAAGGAGUGAGGAGCGCGCGCACCUCUUAUUAAAAAGAAAGGUCCCGGAUCAAAGACGUCAAAAAAAAAAAAAACGAUCGCGUGCCAGAUGAAGUAGUGCUCGCUCUUACACCCAUCAUCAUCAUCAUCUUCAUCCUCAAGCUCAUCGAUGCCACACUACAAAAGGCAGACGCAGAAACGGAGAGAGAGGCUGGUGUGGAGCCGCGGGGUCACCGGAUGCGCGAGACAUUCCGCCACAUGACCGACGGAGGCUUUUGUUCUGCGUUACCGACGCGGAGAGAAGCUGUGCGUGCGCCACAGGGAGCACAUUACACUGUAUCUCUAUUAUCUCUAGAAUAAUAUACUACCGUAGUACACGUGCAGCCGUGGAAACACGCCGAAACACGCCGAAUUCUCACCUUUUAUCCUCCGUUUAUUCUGAUACCAGAGGAUUUAUUUUCUCUCUGCAGUUUUAUUCCAGUCCACGGAGCAAGUCUGGACACGUGCAUCCCAGUAUCUCCAGAAAAAGGCAGCGAUGACUUUAGUUUUGUCCAUGAACCCUUUCUGUGACCAUGAAUCUGAGCCUCCGCCCACAAUUUACCAGCCAAUCUGGGAGUCUGAACACAGUGGCCCCUCCCACUCGUCAUCUGUUUGUAACGCCCAUGAGCUUAACGAUGGCCCCGCCUACAGAGGAGCCGCACAUCAUGUGACCAUGUCGCGAAUCACCUACUUUAAAAGAAAAUACGUGGAAGACGACAACCUUCCACUGAACUUCAGGAGUUAUCGUCACACUGUGUCCCCAUUGUUAGAGGAACACAAUCACGUCCUUCACCUCUCUCUGGACAAAAUGCGCUUCAUCGACGACCCGGAGGUGUUCCUGCGCCGCUCCGUUCUCAUAAACAACCUCCUGCGCCGCCUCAGAGCCGAGAUCCUCCUCCAGGGGGCGUGGCCUUUCGUGGCAGGUUCCGUCCCGGUUUCCUUGACGACACCCGUCUCCACCCACCAUGAUCGGAGCCGUAAGAGGCUGAGAUUGCUGCAGGAGGAGGAAGACGAGUGCGUCUCCGCGUGUUGUUGCUUCUACGAAGCGAGCAGGUACAUGCAGCUUCCCGUGUGUGUGUAUGAGAGAGAUGUUCAGCCUUCAUCAUCGUCAUCAUCAUCGUCAGCCAUAACGGAGAGACUGGAGCAUCUUUUUGAGGAGGAGGAGGAGGAGGAGGAGCUAGAGAGCGAAGGAGAGGAGGAGCUCGACUCGCUGUGUCCCGGUUUGGACCUGUGUGAAGCGUCGCUCAAGGCGAGAGAGAAACUCGGCGAGAGAGAGACAGAGACAGAGACACCGAAGGAGAGACGAUAGUCUCCGUGGGAACGGGACAACAGGCGGUGCUAGUUUUGGCUCAGCUCAGGAGGAAGUAGCAAAGCUGGGAUUUAUACGGUACGAGUUAACCACAUAAUGGCUGAGUAAAGCGUUUAAAGGUCGACGGUGAGCUAGCGGCGAUUAUAGUCCAGAGGCGGUUAGUGUCGGAAUCUCUGAGGUGAGGGAACAAAGACUGUGAGUGAGGACGUGUGUUAAUGUUCAUACUCACAUGAUGAUUAACACCAAUCAGACAUUAGUGAAGAGUCAACAAACUCAACUCAUUACAGCAGAUUUACACUUCAGAGAGAGACAGGGAGAGAGAGAGAGAGAGAGAGAGACAGGGAGAGACAGAGAGAGAGACAGGGAGAGACAGAGCCAGAGAGACAGGGAGAGACAGAGGGAGAGACAGAGGGAGAGACAGAGGGAGAGAGAGAGGGAGAGGCAGACACAGAGAGAUAGAGAGAGAGAGAGACCCCUAAAAUCCUUUAAUAAUGCAGCUCAGCCACUGUAGUGUGUCGCUUUUCUCACACACACACACACACACACACACACAAACUCACACCAUCUAUUACAAUUUGUUUGUUUUCAGCACAAUUAACGAGCCCCACUGAGCCAAACAGUUCAGUGUUCAGUAAACGUUGUUGGACCCGAGCAGAACGGAACGUUGUUAAUGACUUAAUGACCAAAUUCUUCAUUUCUUCAGGACUUUUUUAUUCUGACAGACAGAAAAUGUUCCAGUUUCCUUCCAGACUCUCGGUGACGGUUCCUUUACUUCUGAACAUUUCAUGUCAAUACAGUUAGUGAAAAUCCUUCAGUCUUUACUUUAACACAAUCAGACAUUCUGGAUUAUUCCUCCAUGAUCUGAUCUGGUUUGGACUAGCAUUAGCAUUAGCAUUAGCACUGGCUCGCUAGCUGCUUUGUGCUCACGUUAGUUAGCGUUCACACGAGGGCUGUUCGGUUCUGUUACGGCUUACAGAGAAACUGAACACCUGAAGGAAAUGGAUUCUUAAAAAAAAAGAGUUUGAUUAUUAAAAUAUUUGCUUGUGUGUUUUUAACCAAACGCCACCAGAGCUGCAGUGCUGAGAAACAGAAGAGCUAAACCUGUGUAGCAUCACAGGACGGCUUUCCAUCAGAGAAACUAAACAGAUAGCUUGGUUUUGAGCUGCUAAACCUCUGUGAACUACAAGAAUAAUUCAGAACUCAGUGUUUCAAACUCCGACAAUAAAACAAGGACCUGAAGCUGGAUAGCUGCAAGAAACCAGAGUUUAGCCAACUACAGUCCACAUGGGUGAUUUCUUACAUGUUCACAGAUAUGAAUAAUAUCUGGUGUGUGAGUGUGUGAGUGUGUGUGUGUGUGUGAGUGUGUGUGAGUGUGAGUGUGUGAGUGGGAGUGUGUGUGUGUGUGUGAGUGGGAGUGUGUGUGAGAGGGAGUGUGUGUGUGUGAGAGAGGGAGUGUGUGAGAGAGGGAGUGUGUGAGAGAGGGAGUGUGUGAGAGAGGGAGUGUGUGAGAGAGGGAGUGUGUGUGUGAGAGAGGGAGUGUGUGUGUGUGAGAGAGGGAGUGUGUGUGUGUGAGAGAGGGAGUGUGUGUGUGUGAGAGAGGGAGUGUGUGUGUGUGAGAGAGGGAGUGUGUGUGUGUGAGAGAGGGAGUGUGUGUGUGUGAGAGAGGGAGUGUGUGUGUGUGAGAGAGGGAGUGUGUGUGUGUGAGAGAGGGAGUGUGUGUGUGUGAGAGAGGGAGUGUGUGUGUGUGAGAGAGGGAGUGUGUGUGUGUGAGAGAGGGAGUGUGUGUGUGUGAGAGAGGGAGUGUGUGUGUGUGAGAGAGGGAGUGUGUGUGUGUGAGAGAGGGAGUGUGUGUGUGUGAGAGAGGGAGUGUGUGUGUGUGAGAGAGGGAGUGUGUGUGUGAGAGGGAGUGUGUGUGUGAGAGAGUGUGUGUGUGUGUGUGUGUGUGUGAGAGAGUGUGUGUGUGUGUGAGAGAGUGUGUGUGUGAGUGAGAGAGUGUGUGUGUGAGUGAGAGAGAGUGUGUGUGAGAGAGAGUGUGUGUGAGAGAGAGAGUGUGUGUGAGAGAGAGAGUGUGUGUGUGUGUGAGAGUGUGUGUGUGUGUGUGUGUGUGUGUGAGAGUGUGUGUGUGUGUGUGAGUGAGAGAGAGAGAGAGAGAGUGUGUGUGUGGGAGCGAGUGUGGGAGCGAGUGUGGGAGCGAGUGUGGGAGCGAGUGUGGGAGCGAGAGUGAGCGAGUGCUUGAAGGAAGGCAGAUUUUCAGUUGCUUUAAAUUCCUGGUAAUAUUUCCUCACGGUCUUUACAUUUUUAUUGUAUUGUAAAAGUUUUUUGAAUGAUGUUUACACACAGCUGCUGUUUUAUUGCUACACUACACUCGCUCUUGUCCUGAUCUCCUAACCUCAGACAGAUUAGUGAGUCAUGCAACGUUACUCGCUAGUCUCAGUCAGUCGUAACGUACAGAACGAUCACAGACAGAUCACAAAACACAGAGCUAGCAUCUUGUAGCUAACAACAUGCAGACUGUUAACCGCUUACAUUAGUUGUGUUGUAUAAUUAACCAGUUAUAUUCACUCACCAGGUCCUUUUUCAGCAUAAACACAAACAAGGCACAACUUUGUUUAGCUGCUAGCGUGUGCAAAUAAGAAAGGUGACUAGUUCCCUAACUGAUGCUAGCUAGCUGAAUGUGACCAGGGGAAAGAUGUGAUUUAAAAAGGUUUUAGCUAUAAAACGUGAACUCGCGUCUGUAAUUCAGAAUAAAAUCCAACUGGAAAUCAGAGAAAAUACAGAAAGAAUCAAUUUAAAACUUUUUUAAAUAUGAAGAAAAAUAAAAAUAAACCGAGUGUUUUUUCCUGACAUUCUCACAGACCUGCUACACGUCUACCUGCGUGUUUAAUUCUAGUCAUUAUUAAACUAACCAGCUGUCAGAUUUCUACAGUAAAUCAGUCUCUUUGUAUAUUUGACAAAAUCCCUAUCAUUGUUUUUUUUUUCUCAGAUUUGUUUGUUUUUUUGUUUUUGUUUUUUUU